AUGUCCCACGGCCAUGGCCCUAACUACACUCCAGUGCAUCUGGAAGACAUCGCCGUCACGACGCCGCCUCCUUAUAUGGACCCCGGAAAUGUCGAGGCCAAGAAGAAGAUGAGCCGCAUCCGUAUGUUAUCUUUGUACUGAAAAUUUUGAACACGGAGUAUUUUAAUAUUUCUUGGAUGUUUUUCGUCUCUUUUCUAACCGAUUUCUAGAGUUGUACUUCUCAUGAUAACUUUAUUAGAGUAGAAUUCAGAUUUUGUCAGAAUUUUAUCGUAAAAUUCCAGAUAAGGAAUCAAUAAGCGAAGGAAAAAGGUGUGAUCAUUGCGGAGCUGUCCAAGGAUCACCUCCGGCUCCUCAUGAGAAAGGUAAUUUUAAUUUAUUUCUCAAUCAAGAAGAGUUUCCUUUCAUCAUACUCAUGGAAAAAUCCAUGAAAUCGACAUAUCUCUUAAUCAAAAUUUUCCGUCUCUAUUUUGAAAAAAAAUUAUCUUAGUCCAGGAUCAUUCUUGUUCUGUGCAUUGAGGUUUAAUGGUUCUGUAGACGUUUGAAACUUUCUCCGAUUCCAGAAAUGAUAAAGAUUUUCGUUUUUCAAAGUUCCAUAGAUUUCACUCUUCUGCCUUUUUGAGAUUAUAUAAGAAAAGUCUUUCCUUGUUGGCCGCCGAACGUUUUGAUAUAUCCCGUCUGAGUAUAUUUGUUGAAUUUUUCCGUUUUCCAAACGUUCAGUUUGCGUAACUAGGCCUCGGUUUUUCUCAGCCUCAAGUCCCGCGAAGAAGUUUUGAACAGCCUGAUCAGCUUUUCCCUCUUGUGUUUGAAGUCGAGUAGGUUUGUAAAUGACGGCCUCCUUCCUGCACUAUGGUUUCAGCUGUGAAUACAAGUUUUUCUUGUGAAAACCAGGUCGUGUCUUUUUCAGUCAUCUCCCAUAUGGCGAUGUACCUAUUUGCAAAGUUAGGUCGUGACAGAAGCUUCUGCGACUUUGUAUUUUCCUGAUCUUUCUGUCCGCGUUUUCCGAAUCAAAUCGAAGAAAUUUGUGAAAACAAGGCCUUGAGCUUGCAGUUCUUGUGUGGCCGGCGGUCCGACCCGUCAACCACAUCCACCAGGACUCCCGACAGUUCAUCGGCUACGUCCUCAUAAUCGCCGUCGUCAUCUUCCUGCUCUUUGCGGCAUGCAAGUACCUCCCCUAA